AUGGGGUUAUGGUCGUGGCUGAAGCGGAAGACGCGGCGGCCCCGCAAGCAGCGGCAGCCCCCAGUGGUCCCCACUGCUGCAGCAGAAACAGCAGCAGCAGCAGCAGAAGAGCCUGCAGAGGAAGCAGCAGCAGCACCAAUUGUGCAGUACCCCCUUUACGACCCGCGGCACGUGGAAGCAGACCUGGAGGAGCCGCCGCUGCUGCGCCAGGGCUCUGCAGCAGCAGCAGCAGCAGCAGCAGCAGCAGGCUUCGCCUCCAGCUUCAGCAAACAGCUGACUGAAAUCCCCAUAGAGAGGAGCAGCAAAGAAGUGCUGUCAGUGCCCCGCAGCGAGAGCGACUCGGAAGCAGAAGAGCUGUCAGCAGCAGCAGCAGCAGCAGCAGAUGAGGGGCCCCUCAAACCCUUAAGUGGGGACUGCAGCCCCUUGUCAGUGGGCUCUAUGGACUUCUCGGAGUCCUUGACAAGGGGGCCCUCACUGCAGCAGCAGCAGCAGCAGCAGCAGCAGCGGAGGCGGCAGCAAAGCCGCCCGGGAAGCAGCCCCGCAAGGCAGCAGCAGCAGCGCAGCGGCCGAGCUGGCAGCAGCAGCAGCAGCAGCAGCAACUCAGCCGCUGCAGCUCCAGGCGCCAGCGCUACGGGGCCAGUAGCUUCACCGCAGCAGCAGCAGCAGCAGCAGCUGCUGCUGCUGCUGCAGCAAAGCCUCCCGUGCUGCAGCACUUCGACGCUUUUCCUUUGUCUUAGAGGGCCUAGGGUUUGGCUUCACAGUCUUUCAAUCCUUAAACCCUAA